UUCCAUUCUUAAAAGGCAGGGUCCUCACAUAGCGUUUGCCAUCUCGAACGGUGAGCUGUCCAUCAGAAGUGAAGUUUUGACGAGCACUAACUGAACUAAUACUUAUCGGGAGCUUGUCUCUUUACGGAGUCAAAAUCUAGAGUUGAAGGCAGCGGGAGACCAUGGACGUGGGCCGGGUGUUACUGUGCCUGUUCUCGGUGCUGGUGUCUGAGAAGUUCCUGGUGGCCGCGUUCUCCCAGAGCCUGGACAGCGACUUCACAUUCACACUCCCCGCUGGACGAAAGGAGUGCUUCUUCCAGACAAUGAAGAAGGACGCGUCGCUGGAGAUAGAAUAUCAGGUGCCAGAGGUUUAUUAUUGGUUUUACAAGGGGAAAGUGUGAACACAAAGUUGUACAUGAGCACACUUGAUAAAACUAAUGUGGGCAGCUUUGUAGACGUCGCUCUACUCACAUGACUUCACAAGAAGUCCCAUGUUCUGUGCAUAUCUCAUCAUUGAUUGUGGUUAGCGCUGUCGUAUCCAGUGGUGGAAAAAGUACCCAAAUUGUCAUACUUGAGUAAAAGUAAAGAUGCCUUAAUAGUAAAAGUGAAAUUCACCCAGUAAAAUCCUAUUUGAGUAAAAGUCUGAAAGUAUUUGGUUUGAAAUAUACUUAAGUAUCAAAAGUAAAAGUAAUUGCUAAAAUAUAUCAAAUGUAUUCAAAUUCCUUAUAUUAAGCAAACCAGACGGCACCAUUUUCUUGUUUUUUAAAUUUGCAGAUAGCCAGGGGCACACUCCAACACUCAGACAUAAUUUACAAACGAAGCAUUUAAACUCAGCAAAAAAGGUCUCUUUUUCAGGACCCUGUCUUUCAAAGAUAAUUUGUAAAAAUCCAAAUAACUUCACAGAUCUUCAUUGUAAAGGGUUUAAGCACUGUUUCCCAUGCUUUUUCAAUUAACCAUAAACAAUUAAUGAACAUGCACAUGUAGAACGGUCAUAAAGACACUAACAGCUUACAGACAGUAGGCAAUUAAGGUCACAGUUAAGAAAACUUAGGACACUAGAGGCCUUUCUACUGACACUGAAAAACACCAAAAGAAAGAUGCCUAGGGUCCCUGCUCAUCUGCGUGAAUGUGCCUUAGGCAUGCUGCAAGGAGGCAUGAGGACUGCAGAUGUGGCCAGGGCAAUAAAUUGCAAUGUCCGUACCGUGAGACGCCUAAGACAGCGCUACAGGGAGACAGGACGGACAGCUGAUCGUCCUCGCAGUGGCAGACCACGUGUAACAUCACCUGCACAGGAUUGGUACAUCCGAACAUCACACCUGCGGGGUGGGACAGGUACAGGAUGGCAACAACAACUUCCCGAGUUACACCAGGAACGAACAAUCCCUCCAUCAGUGCUCAGACUGUCCGCAAUAGGCUGAGAGAGGCUGGACUGAGGGCUUGUAGGCCUGUUGUAAGGCAGGUCCUCACCAGACAUCACCGGCAACAACGUCGCCUAUGGGCACAAACCCACCGUCGCUGGACCAGACAGGACUGGCAAAAAGUGCUCUUCACUGACGAGUCACGGUUUUGUCUCACCAGGGGUGAUGGUCGAAUUCGCGUUUAUCGUUGAAGGAAUGAGUGUUACACCGAGGCCUGUACUCUAGAGCAGGAUCGAUUUGGAGGUGGAGGGUCCGUCAUGGUCUGGGGCGGUGUGUCACAGCAUCAUCGGACUGAGCUUGUUGUCAUUGCAGGCAAGACAUCCUCCUCCCUCAUGUGGUACUCUUCCUGCAGGCUCAUCCUGACAUGACCCUCCAGCAUGACAAUGCCACUAGCCAUACUGCUCAUUCUGUGCGUGAUUUCCUGCAAGACAGGAACGUCAGUGUUCUGCCAUGGCCAGCGACGAGCCCGGAUCUCAAUCCCGUUGAGCACGUCUGGGACCUGUUGGAUCGGAGGGUGAGGGCUGAGGGCUAGGCCCAUUCCUCCCCAAAAAUGUCCAGGAACUUGCAGGUGCCUUGGUGGAAGAGUGGGGUAACAUCUCACAGCAAGAACUGGCAAAUCUGGUGCAGUCCAUGAGGAGGAGAUGCACUGCAGUACUUAAUGCAUCUGGUGGCCACACCAGAUAUUAACUUUUACUUUUGAUUUUGACCCCCCCUUUGUUCAGGGACACAUUAUUCAAUUUCUGUUAGUCACAUGUCUGUGGAACUUGUUCAGUUUUUGUCUCAGUUGUUGAAUCUUGUUAUGUUCAUACAAAUAUUUACACAUGUUAAGUUUGCUGAAAAUAAACGCGAUUGACAGUGAGAGGACGUUUCUUUUUUUGCUGAGUUUAUUUAGUGAGUCCGCCAGAUCAGAGGCAGUAGGGUUGACCAGGGAUGUUCUCUUGAUAAGUUUGUGAAUUAGACCAUUUUCCUGUCCUGCUAAGCAUUCAAAAUGUAACAAGUACUUUUGGGUGUCAGGGAAAAUGUAUGGAGUAAAAAGUACAGUAUUUUUUUUAGGAAUGUAGUAAAGUAAAAGUUGUCAAAAAAAUAAAGUACAGAUACCCCCAAAAAACUACUUAAGUAGUACUUUAAAGUAUUUUUUCUUAAGUACUUUACACCACUGUUAACAAGUACCUUUGGGUGUCAGGGAAAAUGUAUGGACUAAAAAGUACAUAAUAUAUAUAUUGUAUAUACUGUAUAUAUAUUUAUAUAUAUAUUUUCUGUUUGUAUUUUUGACUUUAUGUUUUGUUUACCCCAUAUGUAACUCUGUGUUGUUGUUUUUAUCGCACUGCUUUGCUUUAUCUUGGUCAGGUCGCAGUUGUAAAUGAGAACCUGUUCUCAACUGGCUUACCUGGUUAAAUAAAUAAAUAAAUAAAUGUUCUUUAGGAAUGUAGUGAAGUUAAAGUAAGUAAGUACAGAUACCCCAAAAAACUACUUAAGUAGUACUUUAAAGUAUUUUUACUUAAGUACUUUAUACCCCUGGUUGUAUCUGAACUAGGAACUAGUUGUGGAAUAGGUUGAAAUAAAUUAAAUGUAUUGUAAAUUCAUGAAACACUAAUUAUAGGCCUAUGUGAUUUUGAAAUUAUGCCAUCAUACUAGUUUAGAAACUUGUUUUUACCAGAACUGGCUUAAAAGUUCCUUUCUAAUUCAGACAUUCCAUCCUAGGCUGUGGUCCCUGUUACUCCUGUUUCAUUGGCCUAGCCCUAGAUUGUGCUCUGCUGAUGUGUUUAAAAUGUUUCCAAUUUAGUAGUGGCCCAGAAUCACAUAUCUCAACACAGAAGUCUGGUAAAACCUCUAUUUCCUAUGAAAUAUCUUAACAUUUCUGACAUUCAGGGAUUGUCAUACCAUCACAGUAGGACAGCCUAGCUGUAGCCUACUACCACCAUAGACAAGCUAUCUCUGUGGCAUGCUGUAGCCCACCACUCUGCCCUUGGAGUGAAAACAACACUUUGAUAAUGUCCUUAGUUUGUGGAGACACUCAUUUCUAAGUACUUCAUGGUAUCUGCUCAAUGUCUGUGUUUUGAAAUACUUGAAUAACUAGUCAUGAAAGUUUGGAAACCCUGUCAUUCUUUGCUCCUGAGUAACAGAGGAGGCAGAGAUAUGUGGAAAUGCUGAAAUGCUGAAACAGUAAUGCAACUGUAGAGAAACAGUUACCAGGGACUGGCCUGUUCACUUAUUGUCUUGAAUGGACUCAAUCCAACCAUAUUUCACUAUUGAAAAUGGGCCAUGUUCUUGGACUGGACAUUGUGAAGCCCUCUGCCUGUUGUACAACUUUUCAGCACCAGCUCUCCUCACCUCUUUCUCUGAGUGCGAAUUACACUGACAAUCGGGGUGGUCUCUUGGGUGAAUUUUUUAAAGGGAAUAAUAAUAAUAAUAAUAAUAAUAAUAAAAACGUAAUUUAACUGUAAAAUGAAUGACCUUUUAAUGUGGCAUGAACACAACCAGUCAUGGUUUUCAUCUGAUUCGUCAUGCAAAUCACUUAAAGUAGGCUACCUGUGCAUGUUCGUCCACUCCAAAAUAAUUCCAGCAUCAAAACAGUGCACUGCAUGUACUCAUGCCAUUUGAUGAAUGGAAAUGGACAUCUGUUUCCAAAACACCAAGAAGUGUGCCUAAUGACAUUUGGCGAUUGCCAUUGAUUAGGCCUACAUUAAUUGAUGCGUCUUGCUGACAAAUUAACAUUAUUUGUAGCCUGAAAAGUCGGGACACCUGAAAUGGGGCUGAAAAUGUCCCGUGAAAAAACAGGAUGGUCACCCUAACACACACGGUCAAUUUACUAGACUAGGCUACAAUGUGUUUUACCAUGAACUUCAAAAAGACCUACCGGUAGCCAGUGAUGUAGUGGUAAAAAAGAUAGGUGGGUAAACUGUAAUUGUCGGUCGAGGUGAAAAAAAGUAACGUUCCCUAUACUUUCAAUGCAUUUUUCUGAAAAAGGUGGGUAGACUGCGUUUACUUGCGUUUACCCUCCACUAGGCCAACACCACUGCCAGUAACCUACCCUCUCAGCCGAGGCAAUUUUACACACAUGAAUACAGUGCCUUGCAAAAGUAUUCAUCCCCCUUGGCGUUUUUCCUAUUUUGUUACAUUACAACCUGUAAUUUAAAUUGAUUUUUAUUUGCAUUUCAUGAAAUGGACAUACACAAAAUAGUUCAAAUUGGUGAAGUGGAAUGAAAAAAAUAACUUGUUAAAAAAAAAUUCAAAUAAAUUAAUAAUGGAAAGGUGGUGUGCAUAUUUAUUCACCCCCUUUGCUAUGAAACUCCUAAAUAAGAUCUGGUGCAACCAAUUACCUUCAGAAGUCACAUAAUUAGUUAAAUAAAGUCCACCUGUGUGCAAUCUAAGUGUCACAUGAUCUGUCACAUGAUCUCAGUAUAUAUACACCUGUUCUGAAAGGUCCCAGAGUCUGCAACACCACUAAGCAAAGGGCACCACCAAGCAAGCAGCACCAUGAAGACCAAGGAGCGCUCCAAACAGGUCAGGGACAAAGUUGUGGAGAAGUACAGAUCAGGGUUGGGUUAUAAAAAAAUAUCAGAAACCUUGAACAUCCCACGGAGCACAAUUUUUUAAAAUCCAUUAUUAAAAAAUGGAAAGAAUAUGGCACCACAACAAACCUGCCAAGAGAGGGCCGCCCACCCAAACUCACGGACCAGGCAAGGAGGGCAUUAAUCAGAGAGGCAACAAAGAGACAAAAGAUAACCUUGAAGGAGCUGCAAAGCUCCACAGCAGAGAUUGGAGUAUCUGUCCAUAGGACCACUUUAAGCCAUACACUCCACAGAGCUGGGAUUUACGGAAGAGUGGCUAGAAAAAAGCCAUUGCUUAAAGAAAAAAAUAAGCAAACACGUUUGGUGUUCGCCAAAAGGCAUGUGGGAGACUCCCCAAACAUAUGGAAGAAGGUACUCUGGUCAGAUGAGACUAAAAUUGAGCUUUUUGGCCAUGAAGGAAAACGCUAUGUCUGGCGCAAACCCAACACCUCUCAUCACCCCGAGAAGCAGCAUGGUGGUGGCAGCAUCAUGCUGUGGGGAUGUUUUUCAUUGGCAGGGACUGGGAAACUGGUCAGAAUUGAAGGAAUGAUGGAUGGCGCUAAAUACAGGGAAAUUCUUGAGAGAAACCUGUUUCAGUCUUCCAGAGAUUUGAGACUGGGACGGAGGUUCACCUUCCAGCAGGACAAUGACCCUAAGCAUACUGCUAAAGCAACACUUGAGUGGUUUAAAGGGAAACACUUAAAUGUCUUGGAAUGGCCUAGUCAAGAUUGCUGUACACUAGCGGAACACAUCCAACUUGAAGGAGCUGGAGCAGUUUUGCCUUGAAGAAUGGGCAAAAAUCCCAGUGGCUAGAUGUGCCAAGCUUAUAGAGACAUACCCCAAGAGACUUGCAGCUGUAAUUGCUGCAAAAGGUGGCUCUACAAAGUAUUGACUUUGGGGGGGUGAAUAGUUAUGCACGCUCAAGUUUGUUUCACAAUAAAAAAAUCUUCAAAGUGGUAGGCAUGUUGUGUAAAUCAAUUUUAAUUUCAGGUUGUAAGGCAACAAAAUAUUGGAAAAUGCCAAGGGGGGUGAAUACUUUCGCAAGCCACUGUACACGCAGAACAGGUAGCCUACAUUCAAUAUAAUUGGCCUACAUGAGAUGAAUCAAAACAUGUUUACACCAUAGUUCAUGAGUUGUCCAUAAUUCAUUAGUUGAAUGCUUGGAGUCUUCAUAGAUCACGUGACAUAAAACACUACCUUUCUUUCCUUACAUGAAUGACAUUUAUGACAGUGUUAUUUGUUAUUAUUAAACAUUUAACAAUUGAAUUAGAACAUUGAACUUAAACCCUGUAUGAAUCCUGGAUCUUGGAGAUCUCCGAAAGUGCACCAUUUGUGUAACUAUGCCUACGUAACAUUUUCAUUAUCUUUCGCCGUGAAAACAGUUUUCAUGGGCACACAAAUCCAAAAUAAUGUAGGCGUAUGCAAUUGCAAAAUGUAAUGCUUGUAACUGAAAGAGCCAACUAUAGGCCUACUGUCAUUAACGUACACUGAGUGUACAAAACAUUAAGAAAACCUGCUUUCUCUAUGACUGACUGACCAGGUGAAAGCUUGAUGUCACCUGUUAAAUCCACUUCAAUCAGUGUAGAUGAAGGGGAGGAGACAGGUUAAAUAAAUAUUUUUCUAUCCUUGAGACAAUUGAGACAAUUAAAUGUGCCAUUUUAGAGGGUGAACGGGCAAGACAAAAAAUGUAAGCGCCUUUGAACGCGGUAUCUUAGUAGGUGCCAGGCGCAAUGAUUUAAGUGUGUCACGAACUGAAACCCUGCUGGGUUUUUCACACUCAAGUUUCCCAUGUGUAUCAAGAAUGGUCCACCACUCAAAGGACAUCCAGCCAACCUGACACAACUGUGGGAAGCAUUGGAGUCAACAUGGGCCAGCAUCCCUGUGGAACGCUUUGCCCUGACGAAUUGAGGCUGUUCUGAGGGCAAAAGGGGGUGCAACUCAAUAUUUGGAGGUGUCCCCAAUGUUUUGUACACUGUGUAUACUUGUUGGAUGGAUCAGAUGCACAUUGGUGUCUAGCUGUAGGCUAGUUGUCUAGUGAUAUUGUCGACCAUCUGCUGAUCCAGGAAAGAAAACAAAUAUUGAUAGAAAACAAUCAAGCUAAAUAAAUGGUCUACUUCUUUUGGCACAGAGAACACCAAUACCCACGUGCACCUGAAAAACAAAUCAAUGACCACUAUAAACAGCUGACUGACAAAAGCAAACAAUAAUGAAUCAACUGAUAAAUCUAAUGCAUUGGAAUAAAAGCAUAGGCUAUAAAUGGUUUAAACCAUGACAUUUGGAAGGUUUUAUUUUCAUAUUUACCACUGCAUUUUAAACAAAUAGGAGAAUGGUUAAAUUAGCAUUAUUUAGAGAGCCCCCUGAAAGUUGGACUUUUGUUGCAUUUAGGGGAGCUAUGACCCAGGGGAGCUGACCCCCCCCCCCCCCCCCCCCCCCGGGUCCUCCGUAAUUUGCACCAUUCUCUCUCUCUCUCUCUCUUUCAAUUUCAAUUGCUUUAUUGGCAUGAUGUAACAAUGUACAUAUUGCCAAAGCCUACUUUGGAAAUGGAUAAUUCAUUAAUAAUAUCAAUAACAACAUCAAUAAGAAAUAAUCAAUAAUUAGUUUGCCAUGGUGUACUGUCGAUUUAGGGCCAGAUAGCACUGCAUUUUGCUUUGUGCUUGUGUUUCCCAAUAGGUGAUGUAGUUUUGUUUUGACUCUUUGUCUCUCUCUCCUCUCCUGUCUCUCCUUUUACCUGUCUGUCUCAUAUCAUCCCACCUGUCUGUGUGUGUCCUCAGGUGUUGGACGGAGCAGGUCUGGAUGUUGACUUCUCCCUGUUCUCUCCUACUGGACACGUUCUGUACAGCGACCACCGCAAGUCAGACGGAGUACACACGUAAGACACACACACACCACGCAAAUGUGGAAUACACACUCACAUGGAGUUGGACUCACUCGCUCUCUCUCACGCUCUCUCCCGGUAUGUUUCUAUUAGUGUAGAGACGGAGGAUGGAGACUACAUGUUUUGUUUUGACAACUCGUUUUCUGCGGUGUCGGAAAAGAUAAUCUUCUUUGAGCUUCUCAUGGACAACAUGGAACAGGAAGGGGAGGAGCCAGAGGACUGGAAGGAGUACGUCCAUGGGACCGACAUGUUGGACAUGAAGCUGGAGGACAUCAUGGUGAGGGGGUGUGCUUACACUACAUCUAGGCUAUGUCCUGAUUCUCCACCCUUCUCCUGAAGUGUGUACUUAAACUUUCUCACAUGGAUUUUACAAUGGUGGAAACUCCCUCCAACAAAUGCUUACACCAAUUCUAUGCUUUGAAAUCCAUGACAGGGAGUGUGCAAGUGUGUACUUCUGGAAAAGGGUGGAGCUGUAGUCCUAGCUAGGCCUGGAGGCAUGCUUUUGCUUUUACACGCACUAUACAUGUAUGACAUCAUGGAGGGUGCGUUUUUUUAUCGCACAACAUCUGUAGCACAUCAUGCGAGGGGGUGCGAUUUCACACACAACAUUUCACAGAAUUCACACAUGUUCUUUGAAGAUCUUGGAAAGUGAUUCUGGAUACUGGAUAGUCAAAAGAGAAUCCCUGUGGAUAGAUUGGGAAAAUAAAAUAAAAAUUCCUUGUGCACAAUGACAACUUUUAGCAAUUUACACUGAACAUUUUACAAAAACACAUUUACUGGAAGAACUGUGCAGAUGCAAAGUUUGGUAACAGAAUUUUUGUAAAAUCUACCUCAGUUUUGCUCCCAAUUAAGAUUAAACGAUGUCUGCAAAAAUAAUGGGGUGUCAGCUAUGACAUGACACAUUGACUUUGAAAAACAUUUUUUUGGGGGUUAUUGAUCUACAGUAAGUGAAGUGGAUUUACACCCGGUAACAGAAUUUCACCAUGGGUCCCUGAUCUGUACUACACAGAAAUGCGUAAUUAUGGAUAUAAAUGUCAUGCUCUUCAUGGUGCUGUAUCCUAAAUGGGUACACAAAGGAAUAACUAUGCAAUAUCCUCAUUAUUUUAAUGAGCUCUGCCCCCAAACAAGACCGCAUUUGGCUGGACUGGACCAAAUCUGAACCAAUCAUAGAUGUCUAUGUUUCACAAGUUUGGACAUCAAAGUAGAGUUCAGUACAGUAGAGUUUAGUACAGUACAUUAUAGUGUACUCAACUCUAGUGUGCUCUAAUGUGUACUGUACUGAACUGUACUGUACAGUACUUUACUGAACUAUACUUUUCUUUACUGUGCUGUCCAAACUUGUGAACCCAACUGUGAUUUGUGACUACUAUGAUUUGGUAACGGAAUUUCGAGUUUAAUCACUUAAUAAUUCAUAAAAUAAAAUGGAUAUCAGUAAAAACACUAAUUGAUAGGUUUACCUUUACUUUUUACUUCUGUGAACUCAUGAGGGAGAGAAAUUAGAAAAUAUCUUAAAGAUAUGUGGGUUUUUGGUAGCGGAUUUUCAAGGCACAAUUAAAUGUUUCUUAAACUGACAGAAGGUAGGAGGGGUCUUUAUUUGUAAUAACUUUUGUAAGAAGUUUUCUGGUAGAUGUUUUCUAACCCUGCAUGACUGUAAGUCGCUUUGGAUAAAAGCGUCUGCUAAAUGGCAUAUUAUUAUAUUAUAUUAUUAUUUGACACCCAAUUUGACAUGCUCCUAUGAACUUCACGUUGGUGCUCAUGGGUCCUUUUACAUGGAAAUGAACAUUAGAAAUGGUAGAGUGGUUAAGUGUGUGACCAGACGGGCAGAAGAAUCUGGCUCUUGUCUGAGGCCUGUUAUCUGUUGACAUUGGUGUCUGUCCUUUCUUUCUGAGCCAGUGUUGCACGGUAUACCGAAAUGUAGGUACUUGUUCGGUGCUAGAACCUAAAAAACGGUUCAGUACUAGAAUGUUUGUUACUUUGGGUACUUCUGUCAAAUGUGUCUCACGUCGUCUACUAAUUGAGAGAGGAUCAAGUCUGUAUCAGCACAGCUGAUGUCCCUUUAUAGCGCGUGCCUAGGGCUGUUGCGGGUAAUCUCUUUUUAUGCACUCUGGACAACGCGUUAGUAGUACCCAACUUGCUAACGACCAUCAGGUCGCUAAUGGCCUGGUGCUGAGGGCUGUAUUGGCCUUUAUGGGAGUGUUCAACAGGGAGGCCUGCUUUUCAAUGGACAACCUGGGGCACAAUGGACACGUCUCUCAUCACUGUCUGGGGCUGGUAACCCAUCUUCAUAUGAAAAGGAAGAGGAAUAGGAACUUUCUCAUGUGUCAGCGUUAUAGCAAGCAUAAAAUACCCCAAUUGUAUAUACUCCAAUAGAUAUACACUACUGGUCAAAAGUUUUAGAACACCUACUCUUUUAAGUGUUUUUCUUUAUUUUUUUAACUAUUUUCUACAUUGUAGAAUAAUAGUGAAGACAUCAAAACUAUGAAAUAUCACAUAUGGAAUCAUGUAGUAACCAAAAAAGUGUUAAACAAACAAAUCAAAAUAUAUUUUAUAUUUGAGAUUCUUCAAAUAGCCACCCUUUGCCUUGAUGACAGCUUUGCACACUCUUGGCAUUCUCUCAACCAGCUUCAUGAGGUGGUCACCUGGAAUGCAUUUGAAUUAACAGGUGUGCCUUCUUAAAAGUUAAUUUGUAGAAUUUAUUUCCUUCAUAAUGCGUUUGAGCCAAUCAGUUGUGUUGUGACAAGGUAUGGGGGGUAUACAGAAGAUAGCCCUAUUUGGUAAAAGACCAAGUCCAUCUUAUGUCAAGAACAACUAAAAUAAGCAAAGAGAAACGACAGUCCAUCAUUACUUUAAGACAUGAAGGUCAGUCGAUACUGAACAUUUCAAGAACUUUAAUGUUUCUUCAAGUGCAGUCGCAAAAACCAUGAUGAAACUGGCUGUCAUGAGGACCGCCACAGGAAUGGAAGACCCAGAGUUAUCUCUGCUGCAGAGGAUUAGUUCAUUAGAGUUACCAGCCUCAGAAAUUGCAGCCCAAAUAAAUGCUUCACAGAGUUCAAGUAACAGACACAUCUCAACAUCAACUGUUCAGAGGAUAUUGUGUGACUCAGGCCUUCGUGGUCGAAUUGCUGCAAAGAAACCACUACUAAAGGACACCAAUAAGAAGAAGAGACUUGCUUGGGCCAAGAAACACGAGCAAUGGACAUUAGACCGGUGGAAAUGUGUCCUUUGGUCUGGAGUCCAAAUUGGAGAUUUUGGUUCCAACCGCCGUGUCUUUGUGAGAUGCGGUGUGGGUGAACGGAUGAUCUCUGCAUGUGUAUUUCUCACCGUAAAGCACGGAGGAGGAGGUGUUAUGGUGUGGGGGUGCUUUGCUGGUGACACUGUCUGUGAUUUAUUUAGAAUUCAAGGCACACUUAACCAGCAUGGCUACCACAGCAUUCUGUAGCGAUACGCCAUCCCAUCUGGUUUGGGCUUAGUGGGACUAUCAUUUGUUUUUCAACAGGACAAUGAACCAACACACCUCCAGGCUGUGUAAGGGCUAUUUUACCAAGGAGAGCGAUGGAGUGCUGCAUUAGAUGACCUGGCCUCCACAAUUCCCCUGACCUAAACCCAAUUGAGAUGGUUUGGGAUAGGCCUAUAUAUAUGAGCCCAAGUCCGAAAAAUAUACUGAAUUAAAAUGAUUGUGCUGUUAUACAAUACAUACCCUACCGUAUAUUACGCAUGGCAGAAAUUUUUUUUUUAAAAAACUGAUUUAAGAUGUAUUUGGUAAUUGGUAUAUCCAAUACUCCAAAAUUAGUAAAUUUGAGUAAUCGCCUUUGAGUGUGGACUGUGUUAUUAUGCAUACUGGAUGAUGGUUACCUUAUGCACCAACAUUUCUAUCCAUGAGUCUGGGAGAGAAAGUAUAGCCCUAGGUGAUGCUGUUGGUUCAUUGAUUGUGCAGCGCGGCUUACAGUUGGCCUAUAAAUAUAGUGCAUUUGUAUUUGAAUAGCCUAUUAAUAGGGAAUUUUUAUAUUUUCAUAAUUAAUUGGGUGACACAUUACCUUUUUAGCUAUACAGAAUAUCUCACCACCAUGCGUUUUCAUCUCCUCUCUCUACUUUAUUCCUUUUAUGUUAAUUCAUGUUCAAUAACCGUGAGACCAGCACUAUUUUGCAUGACACGAACUGGCUGACGACAUGUCAUGACUGCCACAGCCCUAACCGUGCCUGCUCCACUUAGCCAGCCCUAACCGUGCCUGCUCCACUUAGCCAGCCCUAACCGUGCCUGCUCCACUUAGCCAGCCCUAACCGUUCCUGCUCCACUUAGCCAGCCCUAACCGUGCCUGCUCCACUUAGCCAGCCCUAACCGUGCCUGCUCCACUUAGCCAGCCCUAACCGUGCCUGCUCCACUUAGCCAGCCCUAACCGUGCCUGCUCCACUUAGCCAGCCCUAACCGUGCCUGCUCCACUAGCCAGUCCUGAGGAACCACUGCACUCACUGGGAGUAUGGGCUGCAUCACCACAUUGUUGUGACGUGACUUUCAUUAAUAUGAUGACUGUUAUUUAUCGAAUCAACUAACGAUGUUUAAUUGUUACUCGAUUAAAUUAAUCAUGUAACAAUUAAAUCAUUUGAAUUUGGAGCACCACGGGAUAAGUUGUUUCUAGAGUUACCAUCUCCCAAAUUAAACUCUAAAAGGUCUUUACCUAUCACUAUGUAUAAAACAGUCAACGUAUCAAUAAUUACCUCUUAUCAGUCUCAUUCUGAACGUCGCAUAAUCCUUGAAUCCGCAAGAACCCUAACCUUAUUGAUGAAUAAGCAAUACACAAAUUGGCUUAAUUAUUUUACUAGCUAGCUAAAUAAUAACACAGAAUACAUAAACACACACACACGGUAUAGGUUAUUGAUUACUAACAUAAUACAAUGAAAACAGGUCCCUAGUGGACUAAGAACAGCAUGACUGCUUGGUUAGGGGAAGGAGGGGUCAAUAGAAAGAGAGUGAAAGGGAGAGACAAAGAGAUUCAACUUAUCGUUGUUACAUUUGGAAACCACCGCUCAUUCGGAUAAGAAAUGCAAUGCAUAUUUACGCGUAGCUGUCUUUGAUCGUCGUCUCUCUGUUGAACCACUUUCUCAAAAAGGGUUUGAGUGUCCUAUCCCACUUCGGUGAGACUCGGCUUGUCUUCGAAUGGAGUGUUUGUUAGUAUAGAUACUUCAGAUGUUCCAACGGUUGUCUGAGAUGGGAUUGUCCUUCCCAACUUGUCUUUAGUGAAAGUUCUAGACUACUUUACAUGCCAGCUGCAGACUGGUAAUGCUACGGUCUAGUAAGAGAUUGAGAGUUUGAGUUUCUCACCAUUUCAAUCGUGUGGACUAACGUCUCACGUUUCCUAGUCUUAGUGUCAACCAUUUGUAACGUUCAGCUCCCGCUGCCGGUAGCUUCCAGUUUUGUAGGCUAACUUUCCUCACUAGCUUACAUGAAGCUAACAUCAAUUCACUACCCUAUUACCUUUUUUGUGAUAAUAUGCAAAUCAUAAUGCCAAAUAUUGCUGAUUGUCACCAAAAACUUUAUUCAUUCACUUCAUCUCCCCCGCUUCACGUCUCUCCCAGUCAAGAUGAUGAUGAUUACAAUACAUUUUUUAACAAUAAUAAAUCAAUACAACAGUACACGGGGAACACAAGUAUACAUAAAUAAUAUACAAAGGACAGUUGAGCUAGGGAUGGGGCUAGGGGCUACAAUAUCACAUUACACAAAGACCUUUAAGGGAUAUACACACAUUUUAUAAUUCUGAGAGCUUUUUUGUUGGGAGUAUUUCAUUGUGUUAAAAUAUUGUUCAAUUUCCUUUUGUAAGGUAAGAAAAAGGUCCUGCUGUAGCCAUUGAUUUACACUGAACAACAAUAUUAAACUAAACAUGUAAAGUGUUGGUCCCAUAUUUCAUGAGCUGAAAUAAAAUAUCCCAGACAUUUUCCAUACGCACAAAAGGUUAUUUAUUUCUAAAUUUGUGGACACAUUUGUUUACAUCCCUGUUCUUGAGCAUUUCUCCUUUGCCAAGAUAAUCCAUCCACCUGACAGGUGUGGCAUAUCAAGAAGCUAAUUAAACAGCAUGAUCAUUACACAGGUGCACCUUGUGCUAGGGACAAUAAAAGGCCACUCUAAAAUGUGCAGUUUUGUCACACAACACAAUGCCACAGAUGUCUCAAGUUUUGAGGGAGCGUGCAAUUGGCAUGCUGACUCCAGGAAUGUCCACUAGAGCUGUUGCAGAGAAUUGAAUGUUCAUAUCUCUACCAUAAGCUGCCUUCAACAUCGUUUUAGAGAAUUUGGCAGUACGUCCAACUAGCCUCACAACCGCAGACCACGUGUAACCACGCCAGCCCAUGAACUCCACAUCUGGCUUCUUCACCUGCGGGAUCGUCUGAGACUAGCCACCCGGACAGCUGAUGAAACUGUGGGUUUGCACAACCGAAUAAUUUCAGCACAAACUGUCAGAAACCGUCUCAGGGAAGCUCAUCUGUGUGCUUGUCGUCCUCACCAGGGUCUUGACCUGACUGUAGUUCAGCGUCGUAACUGACUUCAGUGGGCAAAUGCUCACCUUUGAUGGCCACUGGCACGCUGAAUCCCGGUUUCAACCGUACCAGGCAGAUGGCAGACAGCGUGUAUGGCGUCGUGUGGGCGAGCAGUUUGCUGAUGUCAGCGUUGUGAACAGAGUGCCCAAUGGUGGCGGUGGAGUUAUGGUAUGGGCAGGCAUAAGCUACGGCCAACUAGCACAAUUGCAUUUUAUCGAUGGCAAUUUGAAUGCACAGAAAUACCGUGACGAUCCUCAGACCCAUUGUCAUGCCAUUCAUUCUCCGCCAUCACCUCAUGUUUCGGCAUGAUAAUGCAUGGCCCCAUGUCGCAAGGAUCUGUACACAAUUCCUGGAAGCUGAAAAUGUCCCAGUUUUUCCUGCAUACUCACCAGAUAUGUCACCCAUUGACCAUGUUUGGGAUGCUCUGGAUUGACGUGUACGACAGCGGGUUCCAGUUCCCGCCAAUAUCUAGCAACUUCGCACAGCCACAAUCAACAGCCUAAUCAACCCUAUGCGAAGGUGAUGCCGUGCUGCAUGAGACAAAUAGUAGUCACACCAGAUACUGACUGGUUUUCUGAUCCACGCCCCUACCUUGUUUUUAAGGUAUCUGUGACCAACAGCUGCAUAUAUGUGUUCCCAGUCAUGUGAAAUCCACAGAUUAGGGCCUAAUGAAUUUAUUUCAAUUGACUGAUUGACUUAUAUGAACUGUAACUCUUUGAAAUUGUUGCAUGUUGCGUUUUAUAUUUUUGUUCAGUGUAGCUUCUGCUGUGAAUAACAGGGAUAAAAUGUAGGAAGCCUCUAGACUUCUGAUCCUUAGUAAUGGUUAUGCCUAAAUAUGUAAUAUCUUAUUUCACUGGAAUACCAAUAUAUGAGGGUGUCACACAAUCUGUCACACAAGCCAUGAGUUCGCAUGUAUUAACGUUAAGCUGCUUUGUCAAGAGCAUCUUUGAUUGAGCCUUGAACUGACUGUGGUUCUUAAAGAGACAGCGCCGACUUUUGUAAAAGAAGAGUGCUUCUUUUAUGCAAAUGUUGUUGAUCAGUACAGUAAAAUAAGUCCCAAAUGGAAAGGAAACAGAUUUGUUUUUCAUCUGUAGCCAAAACAAGGUCAAUAACUCAAUGCAUUCACAAGCUCCUAUUUAAUAUGCAUUCACCUGUAUUGUAAAUAGGCCUACAUCUUGAUUAACCCAGUUUAUUAAUAGACCAUUCAAAUAAAUGAUUACCAUUAUGUUGUUAUGUAGUUAGAUUGGUAAUGUGUCACCCAAUUUUGUUUAUAUUUGUAAUUGAUUGAUUGUAUGAUUUGUGUAAUUGCAAUUACAUUUGACAUUUAAAAAAUGUAUGCAACUCAAAAGAUCCAAGUGCCAUUCUGUGACUUUGGCUAAUACGCCUUCUUCUUUUCCCUUGGUAUUGUUUUGAUAUCAUUUUGGUAUCAUUUUGGUAUCGCGUAUCGUGACGGUAUCGAGGAUCGUGAUGGUAUUGUGAUAUUAAACCUGGUAUCAGUAUCAAAGUCAAAAUUCUGGUAUCGUGACAACACUACUCUGAGGUAGAGAUGCCUGGAUUUACAACACGUCAGCUUACAGAGUACACAACUACAAAGGUGGUGUCACUUUGACCCAGCUCACACACACACACUGCCAAUACAAAACACACACUGUCAACACAACAGCAGAAGGUCAGAGAGACUGAGCACCACAGCCAUCAAUGUCACAACAACACACACGCACCUGAGAGCAAAAUGGUUUGAUCUUUCUACCAGAAUCCCCCCCCCCCCCCCCCUCCCCCAGUAUCAGUACACAGACACAGUCAGAGACAGGAAAUGUAAAGCACAGCUGUGGUCCCUUGAGAGGACUCACCGACUUGGCGGCUUUGUUUACAUGCACCCACCACUUCUCCAUCCUGUCCUGUUGCCUAGGUCCCUUGGAACCUUUUUAGUAGACCGAUACAAUCUAUUUUACUGUGUCAUAGGUAACAUUUAUAAUCUGCAUGGUCCUGAAGUCUAGUCUACUUUCUCUACUCAGUAUAUUGCUUAAUUCUAGUUCCAGGAUGGUUCUAAGACUAUCGCAAUAACCCAAACUACUAUCUCUCUCUCCCUCUGCUCUCCAGGACACCAUUAACAGUGUUAAAGCCCGGCUGGGGAAGAGCCUUCAGAUACAGACGGUGCUCAAAGCAUUCGAGGCUCGUGACCGCAAUCUCCAGGAGUCCAACUACGACCGGGUCAACAUGUGGUCCAUGACCAACCUGCUGGUGAUGAUGCUGGUGACGGGAGUGCAGGUCUACCUCAUCCGUGCGCUGUUUGACGACAAGAGACACACGCACAUGUAACAUCCCGCCCACUGGGAAGGGCCAGGGAGAGACUGACAGCUCUGUCUACACCAGCCAGCCAAUAGCGAGCAGGACUGGGGGUGAAAAUGAGAUUGUAAAUCAUAGGUUUCACACGCGCAUGUAACACUCACACACAGAAAAGUUUGUGGUCAUACGCACAUCCUUAAAAACAUAGGUGCUGGGCUAAUAAAGAAUACUAGUAUAGAACAAGAAGGCCCGCACACUGUUAAAGCUCCCAAUUCACCACUUUAUUGACAACGUUUCGAUCCGAAACUGAUCUUCGUCAGGUCACACACUCA